AAUUCAUGAAAUCCCAUAAAAAAGAUUUCCCUCUCGGCGAAAAGGCUUCCUAAAAAAGGGGCCAGGUGAAUGAUGAUUGAAGAAGUAAAAUCACAGGGCAGGUGAGUUUUAGGAUUAGAUUCUCCAAAGCUUAAACUAAAAAUGUGAGUUUGUCACAUGAGAAGACAGGCCUAUAGAGAGGAGGGAGACGGAGAAAGAAAGUAAGAGAGAGAUGUACCCCUCCUCAUCGCAUGCACACACACACACACUCACACUAUCUCUCUCUAGGAAAAAUCAACUCUCGUCAGUGUUAAUUAGCUCCCAUCAAGGGAAAUAUAGAAGAACUAGAACCAUCAAAGUGAAAAACAGACACCACUGUUUUAGCUCGAAUAUCAGUGUUUAAACACCAACCCAACUUCGAUUUCAUCGAGUGUUUCAGCCCCUUUAAUUUGCUUUUUUCGAGUGUUCAUUAAUUAGUUCAAAGUGUAGUGGUACUCUUUGAAGAAGAACAUGUGAGUGAGUGAAGUAAUGGAGUAGCAGGUUAAGUGAAGGAACAAUUAGGGGGACCUACUGCUUGAUUUUUGGCUGGCAGCAACGGUCACUUUCAAUGAUUUUUUUUUUCUUUGGAUGGUUUUGUUGGUGGUUGUUUGUCUCAAUAUCUAAUCAGUAAUCACACUCACAGACAGCAGACACACUUGCAUUUCUUGCUUAGGGAGAGAUCUUGAUCAUCAAGAUCCCGCCCCUCAUCUUUAUCAAGCUCUCUUUGAGGGAAUUUGUUUGUUGGGUUUUAUUAUCUGGUAAACAAGGUGGAAAGGUUAAGCUGCUUGGGCUCAAAAAAGGAAACAGCAGAUCUUAGUCAUAUGAGGAGAUCUUUUACUCUAGUGGAUGUGCUGCUGUUACUUGCAUUGUUCAUUGAUGCUCCAUGGGCUAUCAGGGGCAACUCACAUUGCCAAUGGGGCAACCCGGCAGUGAUUCGACCUCACAGUGUUGCUAUUACUGAAUUUGGUGCGGUUGGAGAUGGGGUCACUCUCAACACAAAGGCAUUCCAGAAUGCCAUCUUCUAUCUCAAUUCAUUUGCUGACAAGGGUGGGGCCAAGCUCUUUGUCCCAGCUGGCCAGUGGUUGACAGGAAGCUUUGAUCUGAUCAGUCAUCUGACAUUGUGGUUAGAUAAGGAUGCCAUCAUUCUUGGAUCAACUAACUCUGAUGAUUGGCCAGUUAUUGAUUCACUACCAUCAUAUGGCCGAGGGAGGGAGUUGCCUGGGAGGAGACACAAAAGCCUCAUUUAUGGUCGUAAUUUAACAGAUGUUAUUAUAACAGGUGACAAUGGGACUAUUGAUGGUCAAGGCAGCAUAUGGUGGAACUGGUUCCGAAAUGAAACCCUGGACUACACCCGACCCCAUCUGGUUGAAUUGAUGAACACUACUGGGGUGGUCAUCUCAAACCUGACCUUCUUAAAUUCACCUUUCUGGACCAUCCACCCUGUUUACUGCAGCCAAGUUAUUGUCCAGAAUGUCACGAUCCUUGCUCCUCUUGAUUCACCAAACACUGAUGGGAUUGAUCCAGAUUCUUCUGAUGAUGUUUGCAUUGAAGACUGUUAUAUUAGCACCGGCGAUGAUAUAAUUGCCAUCAAAAGUGGGUGGGAUGAGUAUGGCACAUCAUAUGCUCGUCCUAGCAAAAACAUUACCAUUCGCGGGCUUGUUGGACAAACUACUAGUGCAGGGAUUGCAAUUGGAAGCGAGAUGUCUGGAGGAGUGUCAGAGGUUCAUGCAGAAAAUCUUACCUUCUACAAUUCAACUACAGGUAUCAGGAUAAAAACGGCUCCUGGAAGGGGGGGCUAUGUGAGGAACAUCUAUAUAUCAAAUAUGAGCUUGACUGAUGUCAAAACAGCUAUAAGGUUCACUGGUCAAUAUGGAGAUCACCCAGAUGAGUCUUAUGAUCCAAAGGCUCUCCCUUUAAUAGAACGGAUAACCAUUGAUGAUGUCACAGGACAGAACGUUAAAUAUGCUGGCCUUUUAGAAGGUUUAGAAGGGGAUACUUUUCUUGACAUUUGCCUAUCGAACAUAAACCUCAGUGUGACCUCCAAGUCUCCAUGGAAUUGUUCAUAUAUCCAAGGAUAUUCUGAAGCUGUUUCCCCAGAAAUUUGUGAGCCUCUCAGGGAGACAAUCAUCCCUGACCAUUACUCAGGUUGUUACUAUCCAUCACAUCACUUGCAAAGUUCAAGUAAUGAAACAGAGGUGCUUGAUUGUCUUGGUAAAUUUAUGGUGGCAUAAUAGCAUUUGUUUGGUGAUUAAUUCACGCUGUGAACGUUCAACGUAGUUCAAGAUUUGAUUCUUGCCAUUCUCCACACCGCCGCUCAUUACCUUUAAGAGGAAAUCCUGACAUAUAAAGUUGCUUGAAGUUGCUGAUUUGUGGUUGUUGACUUGUGAAAACAGUCCCGAGAGAUGAUUUUUCCUGUAACUCUGUGUGCAGUAACAAAUAAUCCAGUGAUUUUUUUUUUCUUUCAUCAUAAAGUGAUAAUAGAACGGGCUUAUAUCUUCAAAA